UCUUGAUCUUGGGGUUGCGGGUUCGAGCCCCAUAUUGGGUGUAGAGGUUACUCAAAAAUAAAAUCUUAAAAAAAAGUAGGGGCGCCUGGCUGGUUCCGACUUAGACCGUGUGACUCGUGAUCUCAGUAUUGUGGGUUCCAACCCCACCUUGGGUGUAGAGGUUACUCAAAAAAAAAAAAAAAAAAAAAAAAGAUGAGCACGUGACUCCAAAGUGCCCUCCUCCCAAUAUCCAGCAGAGAGGCUUGGCCGGCCCGCAAUUGGGCCGCCCCUCUGCCCAGCGUUAGCCAAUGAAAGCGGUGGUGUGGAACGCGGGUGGUUUCCAUGGGAGCCCUGGAAGAAGGAGGGGUCAGAGGUUACCCAGCAACCGGGAGAUGCUGCGAGGCCCCGCCAAGCGGUCGGAAAGUGCAUUCUCCCAGAACCCGGGGAAUCCGCGCUGACGGAUCCAGGACAGAGGCAAUUGCUAUUUGCCACCCUAAUCCCUAGGGACCCUAGGCCCCAACCCAGUCAUGACGUCUCCCCUGUGCUGGGCGGCCUCCACCAACAUCCCGACUUCUCAGGACCAGGUUUCAACCUCCACCAAGGUCAAGGGCAGUCAGACUAAGGCUCAGCACCACCACUCCCAAGUGAAGGGUGUGGCCCGGGCCUGGCUCCCACUGCAUUCCAAGGCUGGACACCUCCAUGCUCGCAAGGGGAAGUCCGCCGUGCACACGCAGGUGGCAGAGUUACAAAGGAAGAUUCAGCUGUUGGAGGGUGACCGGAAGGCCUUUUACGAGAGCACCCAGUGGAACAUCAAGAAGAAUCAGGAGACCAUCAACCAGCUCCAUGAGGAGACCAGGGUGCUGCAAGUACAGCUGACGGACCUGCUCCAGGGGGAUGAGAAAGUGGUCCAGGCAGUGAUUCGGGAGUGGAAGUCAGAGACGCCAUCCCUGAAGAACAGAACAGGACAGCAGGCCCUGGAGCACCUGGACCACCGGCUGAGUGAGAAGGUGAAGCAGCUGGACGUGCUGCGGCACCAGGUGGGGGUGCGGCAGAAGUGGCUGGACGAGCUCCAGCUGCGGUACAGCCUCCGCGACCUGGAGAUGGCAGAAGCGCAAAAUGGCAACACAGAGGUGGCCAAGACCAUGCGGAACCUGGAGAACCGCCUGGAGAAGGCCCGGAUGAAGGCGGAAGAGGCCGAACACAUUACCAAUGUGUACCUGCAACUCAAGGCCUAUCUCCAGGAGGAGAGCCUUCACUUGGAAAACCGGCUGGACUUCAUGGAGGCCGAGGUGGUGAGGGCAAAACGCGAGCUAGAGGAGCUGCAAGUGGUGAACCAGGAGGCGUUAAACGCCCGGGAUAUCGCCAAGAACCAGCUGCAGUAUCUGGAGGAGACCGUGUUCCGAGAGCGCAAGAAGCGUGAGCGCUACAUAACCGAGUGCAAGAAGCGCGCGGAAGAGAGGAAGCUGCAGAACGAACGCAUGGAGCGCAAGACCCAGCGUGAGCACAUGCUGCUGCAGUCCGACGAUUCGACCCAGGACAGCCUGUGCGCCAAAGAGGAGCUGAGGCGGCGCUGGAGCAUGUACCAGACUGAGAUGCUUUUUGGCAAGGUCAAGGACGCCACCGGCGUGGCCGAAACCCACGCGGUGGUGAGGCGGUUCCUGGCGCAGGGCGACACCUUCACGCAUUUGGAGACGCUCAAGAGCGAUAACGAGCAGUCGCUGCUCAGGCUGAGGCAAGAGAAGCAGCGGUUGCAGCGCGAGCUGGAAGACCUCAAGUACUCAGGGGAGGCCACGAUUGUGAGUCAGCAGAAGCUGCAAGCUGAGUUGCAGGAGCGCCUUAAGGCGGAAGAGCAGCGGCGCACUGAGGCACAGGAUCAGCUGGAACGUGCCAGGCGGGCGAUACAAAUGACCAAGGAGGGCCUUGAACACCUGGCCGGCAAGCUGAACCACAUCACACUAGUGGACGGCCGCUUCGCCGGAAAGGUGCUGGAUCCCCAGGCAGCUGACUAUCUGCCAGACCUGCUGGGCCUCGUGGAAGAAAAGCUUCUGAAGCUGCAGGCACAACUCGAAAGCCACGACGUGCCAGACAUGCUGCGCCAUCUCGCCGACCAGGAGUUCUACUCCACCCUGGAGGGGAAACUGCCCGUGCACAACACCCGCAUCGCCCUGCCCCUUGCCAGUCUCAAGGACAAGUUCUUCGACGAAGAGGAGAGUGAGGACGAAGACAACGACGUGGUGAGCCGUGCGGCGCUUAAGAUUCGUUCCCAGAAAUUAAUCGAAUCCCGCAGCAAGAAACGCAGUCGCUCGAAGAAGACCUAGACUCACCCUUGCGUCCACCUGGCGCUUCCGGGCCCCUGCGGAGCUCCCAACCCCUC